AUGUCGAGCAUUAUUCACAAAGUCAAGGAUGCCGUGACCGGUCAUCAUCAUGAUGAAUCCAAGACAUCCAGCAGCAAGAUUGAUGAUGCCCGCGAUUCUUACGGAUCCUCAAACAACACCACGGACAACGCUCCUAGCAAACACACUUCUACUGGCGCAGGCUCCAACACCUAUGGCUCUGGCUCUGGAGCUGGCUAUAAUAAUGCAUCAACUACCGGUGCUGGAGGCUAUGGCAGUGGUACUGGAACCGGUGGCCUAAAUUCUGGCUCCGGCUAUGAGACAGGUGCCUCGACAGGCGCUGCCGCUGGUGCUGGAGCUGGAGGCUACGGCAGCAAAUCUGAUAGCUACGGAUCCAACACAGCUGGCGGAUAUGGGUCAUCCAACACUGGCUCGAGCACCACCAAUGCUGGCCCCCAUGACUCUAAGCUAGCCAACAAGCUUGACCCCCGUGUCGAUAGUGAUCUCGACAACCGAGGAAAGCACUCUGGAACUACAGGCUCCAGCAACACCUACGGCAGCAACACUGGCCGCUCUACCGGAGAGACUGGCUAUGGCUCUAGCGACACUUACGGUAGUAACACUGGCCGCUCUUCUGGGCAGACCGGCUAUGGCUCCAGCGACACCUACGGCAGCAACACUGGCCGCUCAUCUGGACAGACCGGCUAUGGCUCAAGUGACACCUACGGCAGCACCACUGGACAGUCCGGAUAUGGCUCGAGUAAGCCCCUCUCUGGUAGCGACAACUAUGGUAGCUCCACUGGUCACUCCACCGGACAGUCGGGCUAUGGAUCCAACAACCCUGUGUCUGGAAGUACCGGACACUCCACUGGACAGUCUGGCUAUGGCUCGAGCGACACCUACGGCAGCACCACUGGACAGACCGGUCACGGAUCCAACAACCCCUUGACUGGCGGCACCACCGGACACUCCACUGGACAGUCUGGCUAUGGCUCGAGCGAUACCUACGGCAGCAACCCCUUGACUGGUGGUACCACCGGCCACUCCACUGGACAGUCCGGAUAUGGCUCCGGUAAGCCUCUCUCUGGUAGUGACAACUAUGGUAGCUCCACCGGACAGUCGGGCUAUGGAUCCAGCAACACUGCGUCUGGAAGCGACAACUACGGUAGCAACACUGGCCGCUCCACUGGACAGUCUGGCUAUGGUGCCGAUGACUCCUACGGAGCCGGUGGCGGUACCAACUACAACCAAACCUCGAAGACUGGAAAUACCACUGGUCGCCAUGGCUCUGAUCUUUUGAACAAGCUUGACCCCAGAGUUGACGAUAAGGCGGCGUUUGGCAGCCAGCGCAACUACUAG